AUGGGCAGUUUCGUGCUGGCGCUGCUUUUCUUCGGAGGCGGCGUCGCGAGCAUCAUGUCGACCACGAUCGUCAAGCUCGUGAACGUGGUCACCAGCAAGGGUGGAGGUGCGCCUUGGAUUUCUGACGACCUGAACCAGGGCCGAUACGACUGCUACUAUGAACUGCUCGCGGUUCUUGGUGCCGUCGACCUGGUCUACCUCGUCAUUUGCGCUAAUGUUUUCCAUGAGUCGACGCAAAACAUGACACUGGAAGCUGCUGCUGAUGGUGAAGCCGAAGAGUUUCGAGGCUAG